UCUAGAAGGUUCGACGCGCUGAGACAUUGUUAAUCUAGAUAGGAGUCGUGCGGCCGCACACCGCCCACCACACAGCCACUCACCAGCAAACACGUUCUUUGUGGGAGUGUGUAGAGUAAAUAGACGGCCAUCGACACAGUAAAGGUCAGUUAGUGCAGGGAAAGAGGAAGACAAACAGACAGAAACAACUGCAGGAAAAAAACAACAACUCCAAGACCAGCCGCAUGCCAGUGACACCCACCAACCACCCGGCGUGUACACCAAGGACCACCAAAAGUUCCAGACCCCCCCCCCCCUCCACACCCCGCCUGUAUCGUCCCAGGUCUGGAACUUGAUCUGUUCCUAUCUACCAAGCAUUAAGUUUAAGGCAUUACCACCUGACAGUUUGAUUGCUCUGUGCUGUCUGCGAGAAGCCUGCUCCAGGCGGGAGUUUCCCACAAAUGACAGUAACCACAAACUUGUUUGUAUCAGCUACCGUCUCUGUAGGCGCUCUCUGAUUGGAUAUACCAGUGCCGUAUUUUGGCGGGACUUCCCCCUAGCCGCCUAGUUCUGACCCGGGCACGCGGCUGUCGUGGGUCGGACAGGUUCGCAGAAAAAACAGGAUUACGUUCCGUCUUUCUGAAAUGAGGACUGUGAAUAGUGAACACUGUACUGGCUUCUGGAGUCUAAGAGCAAGCGUGUUCGUCUGUUUGUUUGUUCGUUUGUUCGAGUAAAGUGAACCACGUGGACACAAUAACUUUAGCAUAGUGCAACAGAAAAAGUCAGACAGACAGACAGGCAGACAGACAGACAGACAUAGUAAGAAGCGGCUCCCUCCAGCGGGAGCCACGGGCUUACAUUGUGUGUAUCUGGUCAAACAUCGCGCGCUUCAAGAGUGCACAAAGGACAUGCUCUGUAUCUAUUGGCUCCAAUAAAGGCAGAGAGAUUCUCUUACACAGCAGUCUACCAUGAAGCAUGGGUUUCGUUUCAAGUUCCGAUUGUUUUUGUUUGAGCAGGGUGAUGUGAGGAGACCCCGUGAUGGGACGCUAUGACGACAUUCCGCUCCUCGCACUUCUCGUGGUCCUAAUGAACUGACCUGCGCCCACAUGGCCGUUGUCUUGGUUUGGUUUCACUUUUGGUAAGUGUUUUACGCCACUUGCAAAACAAACAGAUCAUAUAAGCGCGGAUGAUUCGAAGUGUUGCUAGAGAGAAAUAAACAAAUACUAGAAGGAGGAGGGGUAAAGACGAUAUUUGUUUGAUAGGAAAGAAAGAGCAAAUUAUAUCAGAGCACUCGCCAACCACCCACGGCUGUUGUCCACCCAUGAAAAGUAUCGUAAUCUGGUUCACACCCUGAUCGACCCCCUCCCCUCUCCCAGUGGGUUGUUCGUACACCUGCCGUGUUGAGGAGUUCUCCUGUGUCACUUCACCCACAUGGCGCUGUUAUGUCGGAGAUAGGCGCUUCAUUCAGAAACCCGACAAACUGCAGGACCUCCAGGUAUAAAAAUAGACUUGAAACCCGCACAGCAUCAGGCCUCUGCACACUGAGGGGUGCGGUCUGACCCAUCCUUGUCAACGUUUGACAUUGUUUCCAGUGUGCACUCCUCCAGUCGCAAUUCAUCCGAUCCGAUGAAGACAACCUUCACCCGGGUCACGUGUCCAUCAAGCUACGCAAACUAAACAUGGGGAGUAUUUGUGUAAAAAACAACAACACCCUUUUAAAACAUCGGAUCUUUGCCGACGUCUGACGUUGUCUACAGUGUGCACUAGUCGAAUCGUAACCGAUCCCAUCCGAUGAAGACGACCGACAUUGUGUACAUCUCGGCCGAGGUGAUCGUCGGCCUCAUCAGUAUCGUGGGCAACAUCAUCGUGGUGGCGGCCAUCUUGAAAACCGCCCGCCUCCACACGGUGACCAACGUGUUCAUCACAAACCUGGCCAUCGCUGAUAUCGUGGUGGGCUUCCUGGUGGCUCCCUGUGCCGCGCUCUCCUCCCUCGGGGUAGACAUGACCUUCUACGGCUGUGUCCUCAUGAACUCUCUCAUCCUCAUGUUCACCAACGUCUCCAUCCUCAUGCUGCUCGGAGUCGCCUUCGAGAGAUUCUUCGCCAUCAAAAAACCCUUCGUCUACCAACGUGUGCUCACGGUACGCCGUGCAGUCUACGCAAACAUCCUCAUCUGGGUCUUAGGCUUUCUCUUAGGCCUGGUGCCCAUGUACGGCUGGAACGCCGGCUACUACGAGCACGGGCCGUGUUUUUUCACCAACGUGAUCACCAUGGAGUACAUGGUCUACUUCCAGUUCUUCGGACUGGUGCUGGCCCCGCUGUUCCUCAUGCUGUGUGUGUACAUGUACAUCCUGCGCAUCGUGAGGCGCCACCAGAGGCAGACCAACACGCUACAGAACAUGUUCCGGGGACAGCCGGGCCAGGACGGGCAUCACAAGGACAACUUCCACAAGGACGUCCGAGCCGCCAAACUCUUCGCCCUGGUCAUCCUCCUGUUCGGCAUCUUCUGGCUCCCCGUCAACAUCUUCAACUGCGUCACUCUGUUCUGCUCGGGCUGUAAUUUCCCCAUCGAGGCUCUUCUCGCCGCUAUCGUCAUGAGUCACGCCAACUCCAGCAUCAACCCUUUCAUCUACGCCGCCUCCAACAGCCGCAUCAAGAACGCCAUCUUGGAUCUCUUCGGGUUCAAACCCUCGGGUCAGACAGAAGACAGCGGCGGCCUCGGCAAAGGCAGACAGAGUAGUUUCAGUCACGCGACAUUCCACGCCACACAAACUGCCUCCACACACCAACAGCAACAACAACAGCAACAACAGCCGCCAGUCGCGAGCAGCCAGCCUCCAUUUUCUCCCCGAGGUGGGAAGAUAUUCACGGUCAGCAAAAAUCUCGUCACGGCUGGCCCCACAAACGCUGGCGUUGUCGUCAACGAUCAUUUCCUGCCUCGGCCGGACUCCGCCCCACGUGGUGACCACGUGACACACACCACGGUGGAACACAUCCACGACACGUGUGCUACUCGUGGGACACCAGGACAACACACCCACAACACACACAACGGUCACAAGGCACGUGAUGUAACCCCCCCUCCCCCGCACCCCCUUCCCUCACACAACAACGAACCGCCCGCCGUCCCCCCCGCCCACACACGUCAUGUGACUGGUCACGUGAACGCUGCCUUCACCCUGGACGAGACGUGUCCUCCCUCACCCGGAGGAAGCAGCAGCCACAACAACAACAACAACAACAACAGCCACCCAACAACAGCAGCAGCAGCAACAACAGCGACGAGGGCGCCAGUAACAUUCCCAGUUGUGCCAGACAUCAUUUCAGCCAGGACUCGCGUGACCGCUCGGAGCACGUGGCCGAGGAGACAGAGGACCUACAGGGGCCCGGGGACGUGGCUGGACCACGUGACAGCAGACCACGUGACAGCACCAGCGUAGAGGUCAUGGUCACGGGGCCUCAGGGACAGGGGUACACGCCAGAGGUCACCACAUCCGGGGUCAAGGAGGUGAGAGGUCACAGUGUAGGAGAACCAGUAGCCAACGGAGGCACAGAACAGACAAAGUUGUAGAUGGAUAGACAGAUAGAUAGACAGAUAGAUAGACGGAUAGAUAAACAGAUAGAUAGACAGAUAGAUAGACAGAUAGAUAGACAGAUACAUGUGUAUAUAGAUAGACAGACAGAUAGAUAGACAGAUAGAUAAACAGACAGAUAGUCUCUCGUUCCCUUGGUACACGUGUCGCUCUAUCUAUCCAUCUAUCCAUCUAUCUAUCUAUCUAUCUAUCUAUCUAUCUAU